AUGAUGGCUACAUCAAGUGUGGCGUCGUCAGUUGCUGGUAGUUCGGUGGUCAUGACUGCCAGUGCUGGUCUCGUUGAGUUGGAGACUUUCUUGAGGCGCGUGAAUGUUUGGAGUGGGAUCGAAGAUCCAAUUGGUGCACGAUCUUCGACAAGUGACACUCAGUUUGCUAUGAUGGAUAAUAUUGCUCGUGGUGCCAUUCUACAUGGUGUACCGACUGCAGAUGCUGAGCUAAUCUGUCAUGAGAUGAACGCUCACGAGAUGUGGACACGUUUCGGCAACAUGCAAACAAAAAGGGAAUACGCGAACUAUAUAUUCGCGAGACAGCAGCUGUAUGCAAACAAGUAUACUCAUGAGAGAAACAUGAACGACUGGCUGCGUGAGAUGCAGCUCCAGCGUAAUGAGUUACUACAUUACAAGAAGGUUAUUUCUGACGAAGAAUUUGCCGAGAUUCUCCUGAGUAAUGUGCCGCAGACGCAUCGCGAAGUUGUUCGUCAAUUCUCGAAACACUAUGAUCCUGGCUAUCAGCAUUCUGCCCAAUCUUCUGCUCAAGUGAUGAACGCUCUUCGAGCUGAGUCGGAACUUGAUGCACGGAGUGACGAGCCUAUACAAACUCCAAAUAUCUUGCCUGCACAAGCUGGCAAAAAGCAAGGCAAGUCACUGAACCAACAGCAUUUUCAACAAGGAAAGACAAAAAAAAAAAAAAAACGUGGGCGUGGCCGGAAGGAGUCCCAUCCAGGAACAGAGGGCAGGUUGGAGAACUGA